CGUCUGCGGGGCCCCGAUGUGAAACUACAACCCCCAGGUUCCCCUCGCGGCCGCACGUGGUCCCGCAGCCCCUGAAAUAAAAGCGCGGCGGCGCGGCUCAGUAGAGACUGAGUCCCCAGCGCACAGGAGCGACCCGGUGAGCAGAGCAAAGGCAGUCCAGCAGCUCGAUGGCCAUCCCUAAGAAGAAACUCCGGGGUCUCGUUGCUGCCACCAUCACUCCGAUGACUGAGAAUGGAGAAAUCAACUUUUCUGUAAUUGGUCAGUAUGUGGAUUAUCUGGUGAAGGAACAGGGAGUGAAGAACAUUUUUGUGAAUGGCACCACGGGAGAAGGCCUGUCCCUGAGUGUCUCUGAGCGUCGCCAGGUGGCAGAGGAAUGGAUGAAACAAGGGAGGAACAAGUUGGACCAGGUGGUGAUUCACGUGGGAGCACUAAGUUUGAAGGAGUCCCGAGAACUGGCCCGACAUGCAGCAGACAUUGGAGCUGAUGGCAUCGCUGUCAUGGCACCCUUCUUUUUCAAGUCACAGAACAAAGAUGACCUGAUCAGUUUCCUGAGGGAGGUGGCUGCCGCGGCCCCCGCUUUGCCAUUUUAUUACUAUCACAUUCCUUCCUUGACCGGGGUGAAGAUUCGUGCAGAGGAGCUGCUGGAAGGGAUUCAGGACAAGAUCCCCACCUUUCAAGGACUGAAGUUCAGUGACACUGAUCUCUUAGACUUCGGGCAGUGUGUUGACCAGAAUCACCAGCGACAGUUUGCUUUGCUGUUUGGGGUAGAUGAGCAACUGUUGAGUGCUCUGAUCAUGGGAGCAACUGGAGCAGUAGGCAGUACCUAUAACUACCUGGGGAAAAAGACAAACCAGAUGUUGGAGGCCUUUGAACAGAAGGACUUCACUUCAGCACUCAAUUACCAGUUUUGUAUCCAGAGAUUUAUCAACUAUGUCAUCAAGCUAGGUUUUGGAGUGUCACAGACCAAAGCCAUCAUGACGCUGGUCUCUGGGAUUCCAAUGGGCCCACCCCGGCUUCCUCUGCAGAAAGCCACCCAGGAGUUUACUGCUAACGCUGAGGCCAAGCUGAAGAGCCUAGACUUCCUUUCUUUCCCUGGUUUAAAGGGGGGAACUUAGGAGCCUUAGCUAGUGCCUGUUAAGUCGGAGUGUGUCUACUGAGACUCUCGCCCAUCUUCAAUCGUACCAUCCUUUUCUCAGGGACUUUUUGAGCUAAGCUUUCUUUUAACAAGCGGAAUCCCACACCAAUAAAGAAAUAUUUAAAUAUCAGUCUUGUUCUUUGUUUUUCGAGACAGGAUUUCUCUGUAGCCCUGGCUGUCCUGGAACUCACUGUGUAGGUAGACCAGGCUGACCUUGAACUCAGAGAUCUCUGCCCCUGGAGUGCUGGGAUUAAAGUCAUGCACCAACACCAAUGCCCAGCCUAAAUAUCAAUUAUGAACCUAGAAAUUCUGUUUUAUAAAUGAAUCAUAAACCCUAAGUCAUUCAUUUCACAAAAUGAUUAUAGGGAAAUCUCUGUUUAUAUAGAUGAAAUUGGACCAGGUGAAAAUUAUAAUAAUUACAAUUAUUAAUUAGUUAUAUUAAUAUAAUUAAUAUUAUAUUGAAUACUGUAUUAAUUAUAUGAUUAAUAAAUUUCUUCUGUCUUUUGAGAGCACUCAUUGUCUUAGUCUUAUUUUAAAGUUUUGUAAUUGAUGAUUGAUUAAUAAAGUUCAUCUAUCUUUUGAGAGCA